GUUUUGCAUCUGUUUUUAUUAAGCUCCUUUGUGUGAAAAAAAUCAUUGCUAAAGCUUUUAAAGUAUAGUAAUGAUGAUUACCGCGAUGUUAUUGUGUAUACCUAAAAUGUCCAGUGAUUGUAUCUGUAUAUCGGCAAAGGCUUCAAUAAGCAUUCCAUCUACGCCAGACCAUUUAUGUACACAAAAUUUCUUAUUUACUCGCUUAAACUCGGAAGUGGACAGAACCUUGGGAUCUCUUAAGAUGGUCAUUACUGAUUAUGAAGGAGAUUUUUGGUACGUCGCACCUAUGAUACCUAUUGUUUAAGUUAUGCGAAGAAGCUUUACACAAUUUUUUAUCUGCAUAUCGACACGAUUAGUUUGUGAUUGUCAUCUGUUAGCUGAGUAUGCGCGUUUAUUGUAAAUCCCAUUCUAUAAACUGGUUUGGCGUAAACAAUACAUCAAGCGAACGUUCUUCUCACAAGUACAAUUGAAUCAACCUGUCUUCAUCAAAUAUUUAAAUAUCAUAGCUCUCCCAAAAAAUUU